AUGUUCAGAGUGGCCUCUGAAUCUGAAUCAACUGUAUAUAUCUACGACUGGCAUCAUCGCAUGCAGUGUAGUGAGACCAAAGGAGCCGGCGAAGAGGCAGAUACCGCCAUGUUCCACAUAUCUCCAAUUAUCUCAGGGACAAAAAUCAACUCUGACCACCGGGAACAAUCCCUAUUUCUACUCUUGCAGAUGGAGAUUCACCAUUGUGGCGUGUCCCAGGCGGGUCAAUCAGGCAAGAGAUCGGCGGGGACGAACAUCACAGAGGAGGGGACAUUGGAUGUGGAUAGGAUCGUCGGCGGGUGGACGGUGACAAGCCAGCAAAAGUAUCCUUGGAUGGCCUAUUUCGGGGAAUGCGAAGGCGCUCUGAUCAACGAUCGAUACGUCCUCACCGCUGCUCAUUGCAUCUCGACUGAAGCCGCCACGGACAACAACUGCGCUGCACUCAAGGGCAACGUCGUCCACUAUUCCACGGUGUCUCGAUGGUUGAAACGCUUGGAAUCUGGCGACACGACCUUCAGAGAUCGACCACGCUCAGGACUUCCAUCUACAGUUGAUGACGAAGCCCUGCGGAACGCCCUCAACGCGAAGCCGAACGCCACCACUCGCGAAUCGGCGACUAUACUUGGAGUCACCCAUAUGUCCAUCGGCAACCAUCUGAACGACCCCGGCUAUCGGAAGGUUUACUCGACCCAGUCGGGGAAGUACACAGUGACGCUGGGUGACCUGGACAAGUCAACCGAUACCGAAAGCCGUACUAUCAGCAUCUCAUCGAGAGCCAUCGUCCAUCCGCAAUAUAACCAAAGGACGCGUGACAACGACAUAGCCUUGCUGAAACUGGACUAUCCUGUGAAUUUCCAGGCUAAUCCCAACAUCCGCCCUAUCUGCCUCUCGUCCUCGGCUCAACCAUCAACGGGCCAAGCUGUUGCUAUUGCCGGAUGGGGUUCCACGUACUUCGGUGGAUCAGGGGUGUCGGUGAUGAGAGAAACCGUGGUAAAUGUGGACAGCCAGACAACUUGUCAGAAUGCCUACAAUAACCAAAUCACCAGCAACAUGUUCUGUGCUUCUGCUUCUGGCAGGGAUGCUUGUCAGGUGGGUAAAAGGGGAACCACCGUGAAUGAUGAGAAUCUGCAGAAGGGCAAGGCAGAAUUGCAUUAA